AUGUCGGGAAUUGUCUCAUCAGAAUGCUCCAACUACAACAUUCUCGUCCUACCAGGUGAUCACGUUGGACCCGAGAUCAUGGCCGAGGCUCUGAAAGUCCUUGACGUGAUCGAAAGACUCCGCCCCGGUCUGAAAUUCCACCGCACAUUCGAUCUAGCCGGCGGCCGCAGCAUUGACAUGCAUGGCGUCCCCUUAACGGAGGAAGUGCUUUUAAAAGCCCAGAACAGCGAUGCCGUUCUGUUCGGCAGUGUUGGCGGCCCCGAAUGGGCCGACAUCAGCCCUGGCCCUGAGCAAGGCUUGCUCCAACUACGCCAGCGCCUUGAUACCUUUGCCAACAUCCGACCUUGUGAAAUGCUGAUGCCUUCAUUGCUUGAUGCUUCACCCAUUAAAGCUAACCUGGUCAAGGAUGUCAAAUUCGUCGUGGUUCGCGAGAACUGUGGCGGUGCAUACUUCGGCGAGAAGGUCGAAGGGACAGAAGCCGCUUCCGACCUUUGGGCCUACUCGAGGGCGGAGGUUGAAAGAUGUGCGCGUGUUGGUGCUGCAAUUGCUCGAAUUAUGGGUGGUGGUGGUGCUGACGGCACUGGGCCUGCUACUGUUUGGAGCGCUGACAAGGCCAAUGUGCUCGCAAAUGGGCGAUUGUGGAGAAAGGUCACCCAGGACAUUUUUCACCGAGAGUUUAAGGACAUCACGCUAAAGCACCAGCUAGCCGACAGCAUGGCCAUGCUCAUGGUCCGACGGCCCACGAUGUUCAACGGCGUUGUUCUGACCGAUAACACGUUCGGUGAUAUCCUGUCAGACAUCUCCGGCGGAAUACUAGGAACCCUCGGCUUGCUGCCCAGUGCCAGCGUGUCAGGGGUUCCCGGUGAAGGCAAAUUCAACGGUAUAUACGAGCCGGUGCAUGGGAGUGCUCCAGAUAUCUCGGGUCAAGGGAUUGUCAAUCCCACGGCACAGAUUCUCAGCGUGGCACUGAUGCUGAGGUAUUCGUUCGCCCUCUCGGAGGAGGCUGAUGCUAUCGAGAAAGCAGUCAAGUACACGUUGGACACGAAAGCAAACGGUGGCCUUGAAAUCAGAAGUCUUGAUCUUGGGGGAACUGCCACCACAUCUGAAAUUGGAGACGCAGUUUGCGCUGCCCUUCGAGAGAUGCACGGCGUUCGGGAUUAG